AUGAAGCCGUUCGGAGACCUGAUUUUAAAGCUGAACUCAGGGGAGAAGUGCUACGAACUUUACAAAAUUUCGGAGAGCUCUCCUGAUUUUGACGCCUACUUGGCCAGGGUUCAGUCGCUGGCCCUGUGGUAUAUUCGGAAUGCCUCCCAAUACACGAACGAGACAGCGAAUCCUAGUGGUUGUCACUACUUCCCCUGCUACUCAAGAGCCCACGACGCAGGAGACGGGUCUCGUGUGUACUCUCUCGCUGGAUAUGCAUCUUUAUACAGGUUCUACGCAUACCCGGAUCCGAUGCGAGCCCAUGCUAUACGAAGUUAUUACGGUACUGAGGAUCCUGCUGAUAAUUUCGUGUAUCUACGAGAUUACGUUGAUUGCGUUAACUGCUCAAAACUUCCCGAGUUUGCUCCGGCCAAGCUCAAAAAUGGAUUCACUGAAGAUAUGAGAAUUGCUGCACUCAACAAGUUGAAGAUAACGAAGCGUCAGUCACGUCGAGUUUAUGAAAUUUUGCGUCUCAAAUGUACGAAUAUGAAGGAUGCUGCGGAGGCCAAGGCAUAUAGGCUGGAUGUCAAACGAAGACUCGAAGCCCCGAUGAGGAGAAAUGAGCGAGAUUGGAAAAAGAUUCAGCGUGCUCUUGAUGAUAAUGAAUAUGCUCAGGUAGCGGCAUCAUAUGUCAAUGCGGAUCAAAAAAUGCAGCAACUUCAACAGCUCUACGAAGAGGAAGUGGAGGCGUACAAACUGACAAUUCAAAGAAUGACUGGGAGGAUGGAUGAGUUCUCAUUUCCAUUCCCACCCUACAACAUACAACUUGAUCUUAUGCGAGAAAUAAAACAAUGCAUUGAGAAGGGACAGGUUGGAAUUUUCGAAUCUCCGACUGGGACGGGUAAGUCGUUGAGUGUCCUUGUGCCACAAUGA